AUGGUCACACAAACCAUCGGAGGAGAGACAGUGAUAACCUAUGAAGCCACAAGUUACACCACAACAUCCGAACAGAAGAUUCUUUAUGCUGAUAAUCUAGUAACAGUUCAUCGACCAAUAUUCACGGGGGAUGGAAGUGUUACAUAUGAUGGUGCUACACAAGAAGUGACAUACCCCGACAGAGAUGGUAAUCGAAUAACACUGACGGGUGUUACGUCGUUUAAUCAAUUCAGUGGUGGUAAUAUAACAAUAAUAAUAAUAAUAAUAAUAACAACAACAGUGUCUCCCGAUUUUACGCAGGCCCCAGGUCCAGGGAAAUUAUAUGUAUCAGAUGAUGAGGCUACAGUGACAUUUAGCACCAGUCACAUAAUAACAUCUGAUAUUACUGCCCUCAUUAGAGACACACCCGUAGAGUUCAUGGUCAAUGCAAACCAGUUCAGCUCAAUAUAUGAUGGGACGUUUAACAUCUCCACUGAAACUGCUACAGUCACGUAUCCAGGAGGAGGAGUAAUUUGGUCAAGUCAAUUCAACAACAACGAUUACGCACUGUAUGUUGAUGAUGAACGUGAAAGCAAUAGAAUUGUAGAUGCUGUCAGCAGCCUUCUACUAACUACUAAAUCUGAACCAGCCAAAGACUCGGGAAUACUUCGUGUGAUUUUCAACGGAAGAGAAAUUUACACCUAUUCUCCCGUGGGUGGAAAUAGUGAAGUUCGGAUUCCCCCUUCCGGCUUCUUUGACUACGUUGACAUGACUCUUUCAGGACCGUCCCUUCCAGAUGGGCCAUAUACUGGAUACAACAGUAUCACUGUGUUUGACGGUAUUGAAGUACGGCAAUUUAACUCGAGCACUACAGUUCAAAGGUUUGAAGGCCCCGGCUUACUCUUUUUGCCGCAAGACUCAAACAGAGCAUUCUACACAACUAACCCCAGUACCACUAACUACCUCACACAGUCAAUUGCGAUUUUAAGAAACUUUCUUUCUUCUCCACAAAUCCAACCUGGCAGAGGCAGGAAAACAACCAAAAAUAGAGAUAUAACAGUUGACUUUGGAACUGAUGUCACAGUUUUCGAAGGCGCCGACGUCACAUUUGAAUGCAAUGUUUUAGGCGGAAGACCCGAGCCAACUGUUGCCUUUUACAGAGUAAUUUCUGACACUGAGCAAGAACUCUUAAACAGCACCAUGGGCGAGAUCAUCAUAGAAGACAAGGCACUGACUCUGCUAAAUGUCCAAAUGGAUGACGUAGGAGAGUAUGUGUGUGUAGCUAGCAAUGGAGUCUCUCCACCCGCCAUGGCUACUUCAACUCUGGAAAGUGUCCGACCAGCAGUUGCUCCUGUACUCCAGCCUGGCUGGUUUCCCUUCCGUCCUACGUCUGUACAGAAACUUGUCUUCCCCGAUACAUCAUCACCAACAAUGGAAACUAUUAUUAAUCUGCGAGAGUUUGAACAGCUAGUGUUGGCAUGCCGAAUGGAUGGAAGACCCAAGGUGGAUAUAACCUGGCGAAUCAACGAUCGGCGACUCAAUGAGGUACUGACACGUGGAGGUUACGAAGUUCUUGAGCCAGUCCAAGGCAGGAGUGUGCUGAUCCUAGAUCUUCUAAACACAUUCAAUGAAACCUUUGACAAUCCCCUUUUGGGGCUUAAUACCAUUGACUGUAUAGGUGGAAAUCUUGCAGGAAGUGCAAAUGGCCGAGCCAACUUGCAAGGAGAAAUAAUUGAAUGCGGCACAAUGGCUGGUGGACCCUGUCCAGUAACUUGUGGGUUUGGUACCAGAGAUGUUGGAUUUAAUUGCAUAAGGUACAAUCCAAAUCCAGGACCUAUUGACAUAUCACAAGUUCCACUUUCAAUUAUUCCUUUAAUUGAGCGAACUGAAAUUUGCACUACCAGUGUGAACAACAAUGUGGUCAUUUGUCCUGUAAUAGAGUACAGGUGGAAUACGACCGAGUGGAGUGAAUGCUCAAAGAGUUGCAACGGAGGAGUCCGAACCAGAAGUUCGUCUUGCCUCGAGGAAGAAUUCCCAAUCAAUUCCAGAUAUGCAGCCCUGGUUAACAGUACCACACUGAGACCUGCAGAGGACACCAUGUGUGUCAUGUCAGAGAGAGCUGGUCCAAGACCUUCUGAACGAGAGCUGUGUGAGACACAGGAUUGCCCCUUCUAUCAAGCAUCAAGAUUUGGACAGUGCAGUGCAACUUGUGGUGGUGGAGUCCGCACGAGAACUGUUGAAUGUGUAAUACUCCUAAAUAAGUACAAGGACAUGAAUGGAAAAACCCAGCUCAAUGUGACAGACGUGAAUAUUACUCAAUGUGGAGGGGAGCCCCCGGCGGAAUCCGAAAUGUGUAAUACAUUUGAUUGCUUCUAUCGGUGGAUACCUGGAAGAUUUGGCGAGGAGAAGAGGCAAUCCCCCAUCACUCCCACGUUUCGAAUUGGCCCCAAUGGUGAAACCAUCCUAGUCAUCAAUGGACAGGACAUAGUAUACCUCACUGGAAACAAUGCAAUGCGCACUGACGUUUCGGUCAAUGAUUUUCUUAUAUUUGCAAAUGGCGACCUAAUUCUCGCUCCACUCACAUUAUCAGGCAUUAGGACGUUUUCGUUUUUGGAGGAAAAUUCUGCAGAACUGGAACAGUUUUCUGGAACAGCCUUUAUUGGAGAAGAAGGCAUUCUCUUUACGAGCAGGGGCUUGGCUUUUUUCACAACAGACUUGAUAUUUGGCCAAAUGGUCAUAGGGAUAACAGCCACUGCCAUGCCAGUGCAGAUCGUGGUGGAUGUUGUCCGCAUCAGCUCGGAUCCGUUUGUGUUAUUGUUGGACGUUGAGAAUAGAAACUUCACAAUGAGACUCACAGGCUCACCGACCAAGAUACUGAACAUUAUCACAGACAACAGGAUAUUGUACGCAGAAAACACCCUAACGGUACGGCAAGGUAUUCUUACAACAACAGAGUUUCCUGACAUAAACAUGCUUGCCGUCCUCCAGCUAGAGCCAGGUACCACUAACAUACGCUACAGGGUGCUCUUUACAGAGGCACCAGAUGUGAUACUAGGACCAGGUCAGGUAUACAUUGGGGUGAACGAAAACAGGGCAUUUUUUGUGGAAGAUCUCCCAUUCCGAGGAGGCGACAGGGACAUCAUAGGGUUCAUUAAUCAACAAGUUUUCCUCCAGGCUUUUAAUCUGAGACAAAAUAACUCGGGAGUAGAUGUUGAAGACCACCUCCGCAACAGGACAGUCACCCUCUCUCGCAAUACGUCAAAGUUUGAUGCCUCCAAUGCUGCUGAAGCGACUUACAUCGGCCCACAGCGGUUGCUGGUGCUUCGCGACAGGGGAGGGCGCAUCAACAGCUUCCCUGGUAUCGCCCAGUUUUCAAUCUUUGAGAAUAACACGCUGCAGAUUUUCAAGAGUUCGUCAUCUGACACUUCCAUGCAUUUCCUGUGUACUGGUGGAACAGUGUUUGUAGACGGUUCAGAAGCCCUGUUUGCAGGCAUUUCAAAUCCAUUUGUGAUCUCGGAAUUGUGUGACAAUAUCCCAGUCCCGGAUGGCAUCUCCUACAUCUACGACAUAGUGGGGGACAGUGAUUCCAAACGCAUACUGAGAUCGAUUGAGUUUAACAUGACCAACACAUUCAGGACAGAGGAGCAAACUCCUAUACAAGUCGUCACAGGUCUCUAUGUGACUACUGUCAAAGAGCCAGAGGCAGUUUCCUUUAGAAACAACACAGUUCUCAUUAGAGACUUCUUCGAUAACACCGUCACACGAAUUGAAGGAGUAAAAACUCUCUAUGUGAACACGGAAGACAGUCAGUUCCGCUCGUACGAAAACCAGUCGCCGGUUCCAUUUCACGGCCCGGGAACUCUCACGUUUAGCAGAGGCACGGCAUUCUUCACCACUGACAGAACUCUCGGCAGAGACCUGGAGUUUCAAGCCAGAACAGCGGGUGUUCCUACCAUUGACGUUCGGUUGAUUGCCACAACUGUGAAUGACAUCGACGGAGAAAACUUUACAGAGUCCACGGUUGCAGUUAAAAUCGGCGGGGAUAGGGUGAUCACUUUUGAGGCUUCGAGUUACAGGACAUCAAUUGAUCAGGAAAUUCUCUAUGCAGGUGAUCGGCUGACUGUUCAUCGGCCUAUUCUAGUCGGAGAGGGAAACGUAACGUACAUUGGAAGCACGCAGACUGUGACGUAUGCUGACAAUAGUGGGACAAAUAGGACGAUAACGGGCGUCAGUAGGUUCCAGGACUAUAGUGGUGGCGAUGUCAGAACAACAACCCUGACCGACGACACGUUUGUUCAGGGUCCAGGAAAGAUCUACGUGUCUGAGGACAACAGUAGUGUACUGUUUAGCUCUAGCAACCUGAUAUCGGCUGAAGUUGCAGCAAUAAUCAGGAACGGAGCUACUGAUUUCUCCAUUGAAGUCGACCAGCUGAGCUCCGUAUAUGCCCGUGUCUUUAAUAUCUCCAACAACUCUGCAACGGUGACGUACCCUGGAGGAGGAGUCAUCUAUUACAGCACUUUUGACGGUAGGAGAGAGUCGCUGUACGUGGAGAGCAGUAGUGUCACUAACAGGCUCCGUAGAGAUAUCAGCACUUACAUUCCCCUUACAAAAUCUGUUGUACAGGAAGACCUGGGGAUAAUCAACAUUAUUUACAACGGACGAAGUGUGUAUCUGUACAGACCGAUACAAGGAAGUCGAGGUAUCGUAGUUAGUGGAACUGAAUCCUUUACGUUCAAUGGCACCACUAUCAGUGGUCUCUCAUAUGGAACUAUCACUGGUGUCAAUAGAUUCAUUCUACACGAUGGAAUUGAACUCCAAAUCUUUAACGAAAGCAGCACGCCGGUGGUAUUGAGCGGCUACGGACUCCUUCUUGUUCAGAUGGAAUCUGACACUGCGUUCUAUACAACCCACCCCUUCUCAGUGAACCUAUUCCUGCAGACAAUUAUAGACGUGAGGGAAUAUCUGAUCCCUCCAGAGAUAAAAUUGCCCCGCAAUAACGGUAAAAUCACGACAAAAAAACUGACUGCUACAUUUCGUUUUGGAACCAAUGUAAAGGCGUUUGCCGGCGCCUCAAUCACAUUCACUUGUGCUGCAACAGGACGCCCCUCCCCUACUUUUGAAUUCUUCCGAGUAAUUGAAGGGGACAACACUAGGAUACCUCUAAAUGAGUCUCAGACUGGAGUAUCUAUUGAGGAGGAUUCAGUCACUCUCAGUUCAAUCGGUGAUGCUGACUCGGGGACGUAUGGGUGCACAGCAGACAAUACUGUUCCUCCAGCAGAUGUGGCACUCUCUACACUGAAAGUCAAGGAAGCAGAUGCACCCAUAGUAUCUCCGGGAUGGUUCCCAUUCAUCCUACGUCAGAACCAGAGCAUAUUCUGGCCCGUGGACCCUGCACCCAUUACUACUACUUCCCUUGACGUUCAGGUGGCGAGGGAACUAGUGUUUGCUUGCAGGGUCGGUGGUAAACCGAGACCCAACGUGAUGUGGGAGUUCAACAACCUCCAGAUUCAGGAAGCUAUUGCAAUUGGUCUUUUGGACAACACCUCAGUCUCCAUAACGCCCUUCUCCAAUGCAAGAAGUGUACUGAUCGUCGCUGUGGAGGCAAACCAGGACAUUCUCCGUGGUCGGAAUGAAAUCACCUGCUCGGCAGCAAAUGCAGGGGGCGCCACGACUGGAAGAAUCACUCUCGAGGGAACAUAUUACGACUGCAUACGAACAGGAGCCGGGGAGUGCUCACGAACAUGCGGUCGUGGUUAUCGCAGAGUCCUGUACACGUGCACAGUCACGCGAGGAGAUUUGACGGAAGAGACCAUUCCAGCUAGCCUUGUUCCUGAUGAAGCUGUCCCCUUUGACCGCACUGAAGUGUGCGAUGUCACAAAUACGUUCGGGGACUUUGUCAUCUGUCCAGUGACAGACUAUCGCUGGAACACUAGUGAAUGGACAGAGUGCAGCAGAACGUGUGGUGGAGGAAGUCGUCACAGGGACGUGAGCUGCCUCAACAUCUCCAUACCAAUCACCAGUGAUUACAGAGCCGAGUUCGACCGGGCCACUGAGAGCGAAGCCAACAUCACCAUGUGUGCCAUGUCUGAGAGUGCAGGAGUAAGACCUACAUCUCGGGAGCUGUGCAAUACCGAUGCCUGCCCGAUAUGGGUAGCCGAUGAAGAAUUCUCAGAGUGCAGUGUCACUUGUGGGGUUGGAGUACAGAGCAGGGACGUGACCUGUAACAUAAUCACUGGGAACUAUACAGACGAAUUUGGAGACAUUCAGUUCAACUUGACGGUGGUUAACAGCUCUCUGUGUGGUCCAGAGAAACAACCGCCACCCACCAAAGAGUGCAAACCCACUAGAUGCCUCUACGAGUGGCGCCCACUACUAUUUGGUAGGUGUGGAGAUGUCCCACUAGCGGACGAGUUUCCAUACUGCAGACAGAGAGGAUUUUUCUGCUACAACGGAGACCCCAACCCGAGGAUCCCAGACUCUGAUAGAGUUAUCGACGACAGCCUGUGUGCCAACUUGACACCAAGACUGUCACUGCUCAAAGACAUGUGGAUGUGGCGUCAGAACACGAACAGUCAAGUGUCUGAGUCCAAGAACACUCACGCUGGUCUCUAACGAUUUCUGCGACAUUGGCACAAGACCUCCACUAGUGGAAAACUGCCUCUCACGAAACUGUGAAAACAGGUGUGAAGGCGACGAAAUUAGCUACUGCAAUAUCUAUGAAGAACGUGAUUGGUGUGACACUCUGAUGGCCUUGGGAAGCACUGGACUACGUUGCUGUGACACAUGUCUGGGGCUAAUAGGUGAAGACGAAGAACGCUGCCGCUCUAUACCGUAACUCAAAUAUGCUAUUGUGUUAGAGACUGCACUAAAUUUUAUACGUGUCUGGGGCUAAUACAUGAUGAUGAAAAACCUUGUCACUGAUCUUUAUGCAGUUUGCAUUGCGGCAUAAAGAUAUUAAAUACCAGAGACAGCACAAAUUUUUCAUAUAUAUAUCACUUGAGUGUAUAAAAAUUUUACACAGACUCAUAUAUACCACUUGAGUG